AUUCAAUAAUUUUUCAUUAUCAUCACAUGUGAACUUAAAUUGUACUCAUCUUCAUUUCUCUCUCUCCUUCCCCUUGGCAAGAGCACACGGCGCAACAUUCUUGAUUCCAGCACAUUUCCCUCUCGAGCGCGAAUCCUCGGGCUAGCCACUCAGAAACAAAGAGAAAGAGUUGUUGAGAGGAAGAUUAGUGAGAUAUGGUUGGCAGCGCGAUGGGGAUGAGUGAGAAGAACGGUGAGGCUGAGAUUUUGAUCGUAGAUUUGGAUCCCAAUGGUGUUUUUUUGGAGUCUCUAAGCAACGGCGUGGAUCUCGAUGGAGAACAUGAUGCGGAAUUGAAACAGAAUGGGAAGAGGGAGAUUGUGCUCGGUAGAAAUGUCCACACUACUUGUUUCACCAUCACCGAGCCAGAUGCCAAUGAUGAAUCCACUGGUGACAAGGAUGCUUACAUGGCUAGUGUGUUGGCUCGCUAUAGAAAGAAUCUCGUCGAGAGGACUAAGCAUCAUUUAGGUUACCCUUAUAAUUUGGACUUCGAUUACGGUGCUCUGGGUCAGUUGCAGCAUUUCUCGAUUAACAAUCUCGGCGAUCCGUUCAUUGAAAGCAAUUACGGUGUGCACUCGAGGCAGUUCGAGGUUGGGGUUUUGGAUUGGUUUGCUCGUCUUUGGGAGAUUGAGAAAAACGACUAUUGGGGUUACAUUACAAAUUGUGGCACCGAAGGCAACCUUCAUGGGAUUCUCGUCGGGAGAGAAGUUUUGCCAGAUGGGAUUCUAUAUGCUUCUCAGGAAUCUCAUUAUUCCGUUUUUAAAGCGGCUAGAAUGUAUAGAAUGGACUGUGUGAAGGUUGGAACUCUGAUAUCUGGUGAGAUCGAUUGUGCUGACCUUAAACUCAAGUUGCUUGCUAACAAAGACAAGCCAGCUAUACUCAAUGUCAAUAUUGGAACCACUGUGAAAGGAGCCGUGGAUGAUCUCGAUCUUGUGAUAUCAACACUCAACGAAUGUGGAUUCUCGAAUGAUCGGUUCUAUAUUCAUUGUGAUGGGGCAUUGUUUGGACUUAUGAUGCCUUUUGUCAAACGUGCACCAAAGGUCUCGUUUAAGAAGCCCAUUGGAAGUGUUAGUGUUUCUGGUCAUAAGUUCAUUGGAUGUCCAAUGCCUUGUGGUGUUCAACUUACAAGGUUGGAGCAUAUAAAUGCCCUCUCAAGGAAUGUUGAGUAUCUAGCCUCAAGGGAUGCCACAAUCAUGGGAAGCCGGAAUGGCCAUGCUCCUAUCUUCCUUUGGUAUACCCUCAACAGAAAAGGCUACACAGGAUUUCAAAAGGAAGUUCAGAAGUGUCUCAGAAAUGCACACUACCUGAAAGGCCGGCUUCUUGACGCAGGAAUUAGCGCAAUGCUGAAUGAACUUAGCAGCACCGUCGUGUUUGAACGACCUCGAGAUGAAGAGUUUGUUCGUAGGUGGCAGCUUGCAUGCGAAGGAAAUAUUGCUCAUGUUGUGGUAAUGCCCAAUGUUAUCCAAGAGAAGCUGGAUGAUUUCAUAGCAGAAUUGACCGAAAAACGCUCAACCUGGUAUGCUGAAGACAAAGAUCAACCUCCUUGCCUCGCAGCAGAGUUGGGGAAGGAAAACUGUGCUUGUAAGUUGCACAGGACUUGA